ACCGGUCAAUCGGAGAUUGCACUUACGAGCGAUCUGAUUGACAUUAGAGAAAAAAAUCAGUGUUCUUUGUCACUUUCUGUUUAUUUCCUCUGGGAAGUCGGAGAAAAAAAUUAAAGAGGAUUCAAAUCGUUUGAAAAUGAUGUUAAAGAAAGUGACCCACGUUAUUUUUGAUAUGGAUGGACUUCUUAUUGAGUCCGAGUCUGUGUAUGAGAAAAUCGUAAAAGACAUAGCAGCGGUGUACGGUAAAGAAUAUACCAGAGAUGUUAGACUGAAAGUUUUGGGAACCCCAGAAGAGGACACAGCUAGAAUAGCUGUCACAGAAAUGGGUCUGCCCAUUUCGCCUGAAGAAUUCCUUAUAAUUUUCAAGGAAAAAGUACACGAAGAGCUGCAAAACCCAGUUCUAAUGCCGGGAGCUAAGGAAUUGGUCAGACACUUUUAUAAGAACGAGAUACCAAUAGCAGUGGCGACGUCUUCUGCCCAGGAUGCCAUGGAGCUUAAGACAAAGAACCAUCAGGAUAUUUUUAAGUUGUUUCAACAUAUCGUUUGUGGGAGUACCGAUCCCGAGGUCAAGAAUGGAAAACCUGCCCCUGAUAUAUUUUUGGCGUGUGCCUCGAGGUUCCCCGAUAAGCCCCAUCCGUCUCAGUGUCUAGUCCUAGAGGACGCUCCGAAUGGGGUGAGAGGGGCAAUAGCAGCGGGAAUGCAAGCCGUCAUGGUUCCGUCAUCCGAAGUCGGUAAAGAACUCAGGAAACAAGCUACGUUAGUGUUACAGUCCCUGAACGAUUUUAAACCGGAGCUGUUCGGGCUACCCGCCAGGGAAUAAGUCUGGCCCAAUUUUAUUUAUUUAAUAAAGUUUGAUGUAAUAGGGAAAUUAUAUUUUUAUAGAAAAUAUCCAUGGUUUGUUUCUGGGUGCAAAACUAUUCAUAUUAUUUUUAAUUAACACACACACUUCUAGUGUGGUAGUUUUUGAUAAACACUUGCCCCAAGUCGUUUAUGUUCCGUGUUCAUUUUUUAAGUUUGAAUAGGCGCAAUUAAACAUAUUGUCGUCGUUA